AUGAUUGUGACAAAAUAAACAAAAAACAACAACAAUCAUGCCCAAUGGCUCGGAUGCAUUCAAGGCUGGCGAUGAGAUUGAAUGCGGCAUGGCCGGGUCUGCCAGGCUGCAGUUGCAAGUGUGUGGCGAAUAAAUGGCAGACGACUGCCAACAUAGAACAAAUAUUUUUAUGCUCUUUGGAUCUGGACGGAUCAUGUAGCUCCAGCACCUUUUCUGGCAACAAGGGCCCCCGACAAAGCAGAGAUCGCCAGAGAGCGAUUAGAAGAGCAGAAGGACCUUCACAGGAAGAAGAACAUGAUAUGAGGCAGGAAAAGAUAGCCUCCACACGCAAAAAAAGUUCCAGACUGAUUUAUUGGAAAUCGUAUCUGUUCUGCCGACUGAGUAAAAUCACCAGAACUGUCGGGCUGUUCGCAUAUUUUGCUGUUGAAACACGGCCGAAAGAAUUGUGCCGAAAGAAAAUGCUAAAGGAUAUCUUACCCGAUGCAGUUUUGACUGAUUGCACCAAAUGUACAGAAAAGCAAAAAAUUGGCGCUGAGAAGGUGACCCGCCAUCUUAUAGAUAAUCGACCUAACGACUGGGAGCGUCUUGAGAAAAUUUACGAUCCGGAGGGUACCUAUCGUUUUAAGUACCUAAAGUCGAAGGCCAACGGCAACAAGUCAUUGUAAAUGUUAUGGAGCAGUUGCACAGGCGACCCAUAAAUCUUCGUUAUUACGGCGUAAAUGAGACGAGGAGUACUUUUUAUCAUUUGGUUUUUUUUUUUUAAAUUUAAUUUUAAAUUUUGAAAUUUUUGUUGUAACCCAAGUUUUCGAAAUAUUAAUUACAAUAAACUUAAUCUGCGUGCUUU